AUCAGCAGCAAUUUUGCCACGGCGGCGCCUCCAUCAUCAUCGAGUCGAGUCGAGUCGUCUGCAAAGUCCAAAGUCGAGGGAGAUGAGAGAGGAGACUUGUUGAUCCAAAUGGCGCCCUCGUUGUUGUCUUCCCAACUCCAACUGCACGCCGACGACGUCGCACCCCGCACGAACUAGACAAACACCCACACCAUAAUCCAAAACCAAAACCUCCUCGCCACAUAUAAAUCCCCAUUUGCGCGCGGCCGCCUCGCCGGAGGGGAGGGUGUCGCAAUGCCGGAGGCUGCGGCGGCGGCGGCGGGCCACAUGGAUCCGGUUGGCGACGAGGCGGCGGAGAGGAGGGAGAUGGAGGAGAAGGAGGAGGAGGAGGAGGAGGAGGAGGAGGAUGAGGAGUUCUACGAGUCGCUGGAUCGGAUCCUGUCGUCGUCGUGCUCGUCCACGUCCGCCUCCGACGACGACGACCAGCAGCACCGGCGGAGGCGGCGGCACCACCCGCAGCCGCAGCAGCUGUCGUCGUCCGCGACGUUCUCCGCGUACGAGGUCUGGAUCUCCGAGCCGACAUCCGUCGAGGAGCGCCGCCGCGUGCUGCUGCGUCGGCUCGGCCUCGCCCACGACUCCGAGCCCCUGCCGCACCCGUCCCCACGCGUAUCAUCCUCCUCCCCUCGUUCGCCGACCCCUUCCCCCCCGUCCUCGUCGCCGCCUCGGCCGGCUCCCGUGGUGGCCGCCGCGGAGGAGCCCAGAUCCAGCGGCCACGGGAAGCCGCCGCUUGCGAGGAACCCGAGCGGCGGCGCGGAGCAAUGCCGGAUCCGGAACCUGGACGACGGUACGGAGUUCGAGGUCGGGGAGGUUCACGAUGAGGUGGUCCGGGAGGUCGGCACUGGCCGGCAGCUCACCUUCGAGGAGUUCGAGCUCUGCAUUGGCCGCUCCCCGAUCGUCCAAGAGCUCAUGCGCCGGGCCACCACAGCCGCAUCAUCCUCCACCUCCGACCACGCCGCCCCAGCAUCCAAGCCACGGAGGAAGCCUGGAGGCUGGCUGCGUGGCAUCCGGCACCUGGCGGGAAGCGUUGCAUACGGGCGCAGCAGCACCGAUGAGAGGGACAAGGAGAAGGAGAAGGAGAAGAAGGAGAGGGAAGCGCGGCGCCUGAGCUCCGCCACCGAUGACAGCCUUGACGGCAACGGCUCGCGCAAUGCAGGGAGGGUCAGGGUGCGGCAGUAUGGGAAGGCGUGCAAGGAGCUCACCGGGCUGUUCAUGACACAAGAAUUGGCUGCCCAUUCGGGCUCAAUCUGGUGUAUCAACUUCAGCUUGGAUGGACGAUACCUUGCAAGCGCUGGCGAGGACCGUGUCAUCCAUGUGUGGGAGGUAUCAGAGGGAGAAAGAAAGGGAGAAUUGCUCGGGGAAGGUACGGUGGCAAGGGAGAACGGUGGUGGCUGCAGCCCGUUUCUUGCAGCUGUUGGGAAUGGAUCGCCGGAGCUGGCAACAUUGUCAUUGAGCUGUGCUGACGGGGGUUUUGUGGAGAAGAAGAGGAGGCCAAGGAUGCAAAGCAGCCGGAAGUCUGUUGGCUCUGAUCAUCUAGUUGUGCCUGAAUGUGUGUUUGGGUUCAGAGAUAAACCAGUAUGCUCUCUAUUGGGUCACGCCGCCGAUGUUCUUGAUCUAUCAUGGUCCAAAUCUCAGUACUUGCUUUCAUCCUCAAUGGACAAAACUGUUAAACUAUGGGACAUUACUACUAGUACCUGUCUGAAAACAUUUUCACACACAGACUAUGUGACUUGCAUCCAGUUCAAUCCCGUGGAUGAUAACUUCUUCAUUAGUGGAUCACUGGAUGAAAAAGUACGCAUUUGGAAUGUACAUGAUCGUAAGAUUGAGGAUUGGAAUGAUCUUCAUGAGAUGGUCACUGCUGCGUGUUACUCCCCUGAUGGACAGGUUGCACUGGUGGGAUCACACAAGGGAAGCUGUCAUUUAUUUGAUACAACUGAAAAGAAGCUUCAGUACAAAAGUCAGAUAGAACUAAGAAUCAGGAAGAAGAAGUCUGGCCAGAAGAAGAUAACUGGCUUCCAGUUUGCUCCUGGAAGCUCGUCGGAAGUCCUGAUUACCUCUGCAGAUUCAAGAAUCCGUGUUGUUAAUGGUGAUGAACUCGUUCACAAAUUUAAAGGGUUCCGAAAUACAAGUAGCCAAAUAUCCGCUUCUGUAGCUCCAAACGGGAAAUAUGUGGUCUGUGCCAGUGAGGACUCCCACGUGUAUGUCUGGAGGCAUGACAAUACUUCCCAUCCGAGCAGAAGCAGGAGUGCAGUUGAUGUAACCAACUCAUAUGAGCAUUUCCAUUGCCAUGAUGUCACUGUGGCUAUCACAUGGCCCGGCGCUGAAUCCCGUGGCUCAUUCGGGUCCCGUAGCAGCAGAAACAGUGAUUCAGACGAUGCAGUGAUGAACACGGGUCGGGAUGCCCCUGUAGAGAACAGUGAGCAUGAUCUGAAUGGCACUGUCAAUAGAUGCACCAAGCGCCCAGUUUGUGAAGGUGUUGCAAGCACAAGCAAUCCUCCAGCGGAUGGAGUAUCAACGUCCUGGCCUGACGAGAAACAAUCGUCUGCCAAGAGCAGUCCUGGUCACUGCUCAUCCGACCUUUGCAUUGGAGCUUUGGAUGUUCAGCGCCGGUCAGCUUGGGGAUUGGUGAUUGUCACUGCAGGAAGGGGUGGUGAAAUUAGGGUGUUCCAGAAUUUCGGCUUCCCGGUUCAAGUGUAAAGCUAGUGUGAGAAUAUUCAGAGAUGUCCGUUUGUUUACUGUAUAGAUAUCGUUAGUUUUUUCUCCAUUUCACCUAGUUCUUUUACUAGCUAAAAGAUUUCCCUGUUUCGCUGUCAGGUUGGGAGCCCCAGUAGCUCAAUCCAACUUGCUAAGCACCACACUAUUUUUUACCCUCUGUUGAUACAAGGCUUUGUGUAAUUGUAUGGUUAACAACCAAUACAUCGAUUUGUUUGUUCAUAUAUUGUUUCUUGGUUAUACACUGAUUGAUAUAUGAAGAUAAUUUCUAA